UGUGUAUGUGUGUUGUGACCCAUAUCAGUAUAGCAUAUGUGUGAUUGUGUGUGUGUAACGUUAAAGUGACACUGUGAUCAGAUAGAGUGAGUGAAGAGUAGAUAUUAUAAUAAAUGGGGAGCAUGAGUACUGGGGAUGUUGGUGUGCACAGUCAGUCGCAGACUCAGGAUGAAAAUGAGGUCCCAAACAUGACAGGCAGAGGAGCAGGAGGCGGUGCCAGGGAAAAAACGGGACAUUCAAGGGCUGUCAAGGAUGGAGCCAGUGAUAACGUAUACAGAAAACUUUCUGUUAUCAACGGAGAGAUCAACAAAAUGAGCAGACAACAACUACAGGAGCGUCUUGCAGACCUGAAAAAGGACACAAGGGGUGUAAAUGAUGUUCUGAAGAAGAGGCUAAAGUUAUACUACAGGCAACGAAAACUGAUGAAGGCAAAUGUAUGCGUCCCGAGCACAAAACCAAUGUAUGACUUCCUUCUUGUGAUCGACUUUGAGGCUACCUGUGAGGCUGAUACGACCAAUUACCCCCACGAAAUCAUAGAAUUUCCAAUCAUCCUUGUAGACGUUCAUCAAAACAGUGUGGUGGAUGAGUUUCAUUCCUUCUGUAGGCCUGUGCUGAAUCCACAGUUGUCAGAAUUCUGCACAGAACUCACAGGAAUUACACAGACAGAUGUUGAUGCUUCUGAAGAGUUCCCUGCCGUAUUUCAGAGAGUGGAGGAGUGGAUGAGGGAAAAACACCUCGGGGAGGGCAAUAAAUUUGCUGUCGUUACAGAUGGGCCCUGGGAUGUAAGCCGCUUCCUCUGUCUCCAAUGCCAGCACUCGGACCACUUGUUUCCUCGAUGGGCCAAAAAAUGGAUCAAUAUCAGGAAAACGUAUGGAUCCUUUUAUAAGUGUGGCCGUAAAAAACUGGAAGAAAUGCUGAUAUACCUGGGGAUGAAAUUUGAAGGCAAACAACAUAGUGGACGCGACGAUUCCAGAAAUAUAGCUCGAAUAGCUAUUAGACUUAUAGAAGACGGUUGUAAGGUGAAAGUUAACGACUUUAUUCACAAUUAUCCUGGUUUCAAAUUUCUAAAAUUUUCAAACCUAGAUGCAGAGUUAACAGACAGUGAUGCUGAGGAUGUUGACGACAAACUUACUGAAGAAAGUAAGGACGUAAAAAAGAAAGGGGUCAAAGUUCAGAGAAGCGCACAUGUGGAUGACCGGGACGUUAGUUCAGCGAUGACCAGGCUGUGUAUAAAUGAUAAGAGAGAGGAGAGCGAGGAGGACGUGUCGGAUCUGAUGACAUAUUACAAGAUCCAGAAGUCUUGACCAACAUGUCUGUGAUUGCCGGCUCCUUUAACCUCUUAGGACUUAACCUCUUCGGACUUAACCUCUUAGGACUUAACCUUAGGAAAUCUUUGGACUUAGGAACAUUGAUGUACAAACAAUUCAUGUUGUUUUCUUUAAGGCCACACAAAGUAAUUCCUCUUUUUUCUCUCCCAAUAUCUUACACUAUUUAUCACACUGCAGUUCAGCCAAACUGAUUAUGACAUAAAAUUACUGAAAAAAAUAUUCCAGACAAAACUCUGCUAUUUCCUUUUUUAUUGCACUCUGUUUCUAUUGAAAUAAUUUUUGGAGCUUUUUUAAGCAGAUAAUCAGAAUUAUUCAAAGUUAAAAAAGUUGGAUUUUUCUAUUGAUGCAGAAGUGUAAGAAGAAAGUAAAUGCAAAUUACAGACUUUUUACAGCUGCUGAAAAGGAACAUUAAACCAGAAAUUUGUAAUUGGUAUAGUGACUUAUAAGAAGCCCUUCAGACUUCUUUGGCUAUAAUCGAUUUAAAGAGGAUAUUCACACCUUAGAUUGUUUCUACAUGUAUUGCCCAAAAACUAUGUUCAUAUUCUUUGGACAUUAUGCUUUGUUAUGUAUUGGACGAAAAACUUUUCCUUCUUUUACGUAAUUGUCAAAUUGCAUACACUCAGAGAAGAAAACACAAUGUAGUGCGAUUUACCUUGCAUAGAAGAGGAACAUAAACGAAUGUGUUGCCGCAACAAGGAAUUUAAAAUAAAAUAUUACUGCUCCAUCGUCUGAUUAAGACAUCUGUUCAAUAAAUAUCGGAUUGCAAACCAAACCAAACUAAAAACAUAUCGCACUAUUUCUUUCAAUAAAAUAUCCAAAGAAGAAGACAUUUAUUUAGUGUCGCAUAAACCAUAUAUCUGUCUGAAUGACCUUUGUUGCUGUGACAAUACCUGACAAUGAUGCCACUUUUGAGAAUGUACUGUUUAUUUAAUUUGGAAACCUUUUAGUAAUGUACUGACUCUAUAUGAGGUCACUCGUUAUGUCAUUCUCCUGUGAAGUAAGUGACCCCUUAGCUCUAAAGCAGCUUUAGCCUAUACUUGACAAACAUCAUUGAGAUUCAGACAAGUUCGAAAGAUAGAAAGGCUAAGUUUGUUUAUUGUUGAAAACUUCUUUUGCAAGCUUUCAAAAACGUUUGUUUCCUUUGUCAAGCAACGAAUAUAAAUGAUUGUAGUCCUGACUCUACACCGCAGAAAACGACUCACUAAGCCACCGUGUGCUGGAUCUGUUAAGUCAGCUGUCAAACUUCAUAGAGACAUCUUGCCCAAUUGCACUCUUAUACUGCUGGCAGUCAGCUGGGGCACGAGUGACAUGCUUACCCAUUCCGCCCUUCAGUGGAUGUUAAAAUGAGGUCAUAAAGAUGACUCAGCUGGUGGCCCCCUUCGUCUCAGUUCAUCGAAGCGGCGGAAUGUUACAUGUUACCCGUCCCCCUGACUGCCUGCAGUAAGGGGGGCAAAGGAAACUUAAGUUUUCGAAAGCUUGCAAAAAGCCUUUACUAUUCAUACCAAACUGAUGAAGAAUCUUAUUCCGAAGACUGGAAGAGUUGCGCCCCUUCCACUGAUGCUCUGUAACAAUCAAUGUAGGCCUAACUGAAGAAAUUUACAUGGACAUGCAGCUAUAGAUUACCUGUUACAGCUGUCACAUACCAUUAUUAAUAAUGAAAUAUAUCUAUUUAGGUUUAAAUUUUAAAAAAGGAUAGAAAUAUCAAGAUGAAAGAAUGAUAAAAGGCUGGUGAAAUCACCUGAAAUGAUUAUUUUCUGAUUGAAUUGUGGAGUGCAAUAUCAUGAAAACUGUUAAAUCCACUAAUUUACUUCAGCUUAUUUAAACCAUUUCAUAACGUUUUUGCGUCAUCUUCAAAUAGACUUAAUUGUAUAUUGUUUUCUUAUAUGAUGUAUUAUGAUUAAUUCAAUAAACGUAUUGAAU